UCAUCAUCCUCGCAUACAACCGCCCUUUCCCUGGGAAACAAUGAGGCAGGCUUGAGCGAUUGGAUAUCUGAUAAACGCGAGCUGUUCCUGGGCUGUCAGAUCGGGGGCACCCAGCAACGACGCACAGAGCAUGCGGAAAAAAUGUGAGCGCUCGUCUCCUCCUCCUCUUCAGCCAGCCCCUAUUCAGUCAAGAGGUGUUGUCGUGGUGGGACGGCGUUUUGCCAGGAGUAAAGGGACAGUUUUACUGCAAUGCUUUCUCCAUAGCUCCGAGUGAGAGCAAGUUACCGGGGAGAAAGGGUGUUGCCUCGCUUUUGCCUGGCCGCACCGUGCACUAGCAACCUCCAUGCGCGUUUGCUUAUUUGAAAUUGGACCGAGCCGAUUGAGGACGUCGAGGCAGGUGUGCGGUGUCAUUCGGAAUUGUUCUUGGUAGACGCUGUCCAUUUUCCCGUCUCAUAUCAGAUUUGUAUGGACUUUAAUUCCGUUCAAGCAGGCUCUUGUCGGCUAGGUUGAUACAGUAUUUUGUUGCAGAGCGAAUUUCUUCAGAUGUCUCCGCGUUCGCUUUGAGGAACGGACAGACUAGACUCUGGAUUUAAAGCCUGAGGUGGAGUGUGGAAUUGUGAUCGCCGAUGUCUGUCUAACCCAAAUAAGUCUCCCUGCUUUUUGAUUUUUAUGACGGAAAGUGUACCCAGCGACGGUAGAACUGUUAGGAGAACUCUUCAACAUGAAUACAGGGAGCGAGUCUCACUCGUCAGAUUCAGAUGCUUGGAGGUCACGCAGCACCGAUGGCCUAAGGAACGGCGACGACAUCACUUCCUCCUUGGCCGCCAAGGGCUUCCGCAGCGUCAGGCCCAACCUGCAAGACAAGAGGUCCCCCACACAGGGCCAAGCUAUUCAAGUGGCAAUGAAUGGAGGUGCUCCCCACCCCCAGAGACCGUCCUCACCCCCGGCCUACCCCCUCUCCCCGCCUCGUUCAGCCCAGGAGGGGUUCACGUGCAGAGUCGGAAUGCAGAAGGUUCAGAGUCGGUGAUGUCGGGCCACACCAGCAUGAGCAGCACGGUGCCCAUCGCCCGCUUUUCAGAGGAGGAGAAGAGGGUGUCGGUCAUCAAGGCGCCCCACUACGAGGGCAUCGGCCCUGUGGAUGACACGGGCAUCCCCAUCGCCAUUCGCACGACGGUGGAUAGGCCGAAGGACUGGUACAAGACCAUGUUCAAGCAGAUCCACAUGGUUCACAAAGCAGAUGACGACUAUGCCGACGCGCGCAACGCCACAUACACUGUCAUCGGUGACAGCGACACACAUGGUCAGUCCUCCAACCCCACCAUGGCAUACCCUCCCCCAGGACACAAACGUACCGGCCCCUGGCCAAGAGCCCGUCGGGCAGCGGAAGCCCCGGGACCUUUAGGGAGCCCUCCCCCGUGCCUCCGCCACCCCCGCCCAUGCCCUCCCUCCCGAGACUCGCCCGACACCAUCAGGAAUCAGUGGGGCCCUCCCGAUAGGAAAGUGGACACUAGAAAGUACCGCGCUGAACCCCGGAGUAUCUUUGAGUACGAGCCUGGGAAAUCAUCCGCUCUGGAGCAGGAGAGGCCGACGUCGCUGUACUUCACUCCCACUGCUGACCGGGUUCCAGAGAGGCCGGCGAGUGCUGCCAGUGACUACAGGAAGAGGAGGAAGUCGGAGCCUUCGAGUGACCAGGGCAAGAACCAGGUCUCCCCAAAACAACUGGACCCUUACAGAGGCAGCAGCACACUGAGGAAACCAGCCACACGCUCCUCCCCCUCCUCCCCCUCCAGAGCCAAAGUAUAUCGUGAAAAGGAUCUUCUCUCUCGUUCUCACCCCCCUCUCCACCAUUGCAUGAUGAAGGCUACAGUAUGUCCAAGUGCUCUGUUAUGGCAUCCAUUUCGCCCUCUCUCUAUUUCUUUCUCUGUUCCUCUCCUCUUUUCCUCUCUACCACGCUGCUCUGGUUUAUGGGAUCGUCUGAAAGGUGGGGACGCGUGCGACAUGACCUGCUCCCCCCGUUUGAGCUCUUCCCCGGGCCCGUACCUCCGCUCCCCUCUCUCCCCCGUGCCCUCCAACCUCGCCCACCGUCGCGAUGUCGACGGUGCCAACCCGGACGCCGAGACAUGGAGCAGCGCCGAAGACGCGCCGCCCGCAAAGCUGAGGUCGCGUAGCUGUGACAACCUGCUCAACGACGGGUACCCGGGCGGCACCGGCGGGCACAAGGCUACCCGUUCGGAGAGCGCCGGGUCACUGGUAUUCGACAACCCGUUGCGGCAAACCGCAUCGUCCUCUACCCGCUCCUUGCCUCGCCCGCACCGGCGACGUGCCCACGACGCGCCAGGCUUCCUGAAGCUCUACCGCAAGAUGCACCACAUCGACCGCGCCCAGCUGCUGCCCUCUGACGUCAUCCGCUCGGUCCGUGUCCGCAUCCUGGAGCUGGAGCGCCAGCCGCACCUCUUCCCCCGAAAACUCUCCCCCUGGGGGCCGUCGUGGGGCCUGGAGGUCCCUCGCGAUACGGUGCCAACGCGCAUCUCCACAUAUGAGCAACUCAUCCAGAAGUCCAAGUCGAUGCCCGAUUUGGGAGAUAGCGAGGUCCCGUCUGGCGCAACCACGCCCGGCGGGUCAUCGUCCCGCGCCAGUAGUAGCGGGGGAGGAGGCGGUGGGGGCAGGGAGACACCCGGGUACCCCAAACGGCGUUUCUCCAUUGAGUCUCUGCUAGAGGAGGACAUUAACAAUGGGAACGGGACGUCCCAUCACGCUCACCAGGGGGCGAGGAGCCCGCCCGAGGGUCAGCCCCGCCUCGCCCUGGACCCCCACAAUUUCCCCGACCCCCUCGUAUAUCGACGGGCCGCUGUCCCGGGGGCCGAGUACUCUGAGUCGGAGCAGGAUGCAGCCGCCUCGGACCUCAGUGACUUUGCCCAAGUCGAAGGAUCCUCCUUCUGCAGCGAGAGCGAAUUCGACCACUGCUCGCUCACCUCGUCAGUCGAGAGCUUCUACGGCCCCUCCUCCCACCACCACCACAGCCACCGCCACAGCCACAGCCACCACAACCCUAGUCAUCAGUCUCUCGGUCAGGGUCAGGGCUACCAGCACCGUCACCUCAUCAGCUCGUGUAAAGGACACUGCCCGGCCUCCAACACCCGCUUCACCACCAUGCUGCGCCACGAGCGGGAGCGGGCCCGCCAGGAGCUCCGGCAGAAACCCCCCCAGGCACAGCAAACCAGACACGGGGGAAGGGGAGGGAGCGGAGGGGACCACCAUGCUCUACCUCCCUCGUCCCAAGCAGCACAAACCCAGCAGGGGAUGUCCAAGCUGGCCUUCCUCGUCAGUCCUGUGCCUUUCCGGAGGAAAAAGGGUGAUUCUCCACCCACCGCGAGAAGAAGUAGUGGAGGACGAAGUACCAGGCCCAAGUCUAAAGAAGCCGUCUAUGAAGCUUUGGAUGCGGCCUUGAGGGAUAUCUACGAACACAUCCAAGCGGAGCGAGGCCGGAGCGGCGCUAGGCAACCAGACGAUAGCAUCCUCCGGAGGCUACUGGCUGAGAUCCUCCCGGAUGUGCCCGAGAGGAGCUCCUCGUUACGGGGGCAGAGGGGGAGCCGCAAGGGGGGUCCCUCCUCGAGCUCCUUGUACCCCGACGGGAGUCCAGCGGUGUACGGCUCGUCGCCGCGGCUACAGUCGCCGCUAGGUGCCUGUUACAGUCGUCAUACCGACGCCUCCAAUAAUGACAACUAUGGAGAGGAGCCAGGCAACGGCAAUGCAGGUGGAGCAUACACACACACAUACAUACAUACACGCAUACAUACAUACAUACAUACAUACACACAUACAUACACACAUACAUACGUACACACACCAACCAGCCCUUAUAUGUCGGCCUUCCACGUCUGCCGUGGAAGGUGGCUGAGCUACAGCCGUGUUCAGCAGGAUGCCUCCAGGGGGUACAGCACAACCACCAGCGACGGGGGAGGGGGGCAGACCAGACGAGCCACCCCGGACAGAGAGGUCUCCCAUAAGCAGAUGACCCAACUCAUUCUCUUCUCUCUCCUCCAUCAGAAACAGCCUGCCAGAGCAAUAUAUGACUUUAAGGCACAGACUGCUAAAGAGCUGACGUUCAAGAAGGGCGACGCGGUCAACAUCAUCAGACAGAUCGACAGCAACUGGUACGAGGGGGAGCACCGCGGACGACUGGGCAUCUUCCCCAUCUCCUACAUAGAGAAGAUGCUGUUGCCUGAGAAACAGCAGCCGAUUAGGCCUCCUCCACCAGCACACGUCAAAAAGAUCGGGGAGGGGGUGGCCCGUUACAACUUCAACGCUGACACUAACGUGGAACUGUCACUCCGCAAGGGUGAGCGGGUAGUCUUGCUGAGACAGGUGGACCAGAACUGGUACGAGGGGAAGAUCCCAGACACCAACAAGCAGGGCAUCUUCCCCGUGGCCUACAUAGACAUCGUCAAACGCUCGCCAUCCAAGAGCCCCGCCCCCUCCCACCACCCAGACCCACACGGCUACCCCAGCAACAGGACACCGGGCUCCACGCCCGCCAAGCCAUUCGACAGCUCUCCCACCCCCCCUUACCUCCAUCACCACCAUCCACCUCGCUCCACGCCCCCUCCCCUCACACCCCUCCUCCUGCGGCAAGUGGAAGAUCCCUAUGAUCAGUUGUUGUCUAUGAUCCUGGAUCAGCCCAUGUAUGACAAAGACGGAGGGGAAGUUCUCAGGCCGGCCGUGGAACCCCCGCACGUGGCACUGACCAACGAAUCACAGAGCAGGAGCCCAUCACCCUCCUCCCUCCCCCCGUCUCUCCUCCCUCCUCACCAUCCCCUGCUAUUUACUCUGCCUCACAACCAGCUGAAGCCCUGGCUAUCUCUUCUUCCUCUCCUACACUGUCCCGUCUUUCUCCCCCAAUCCCCCUCUCCUCCUCGCCACAGAUUGUGCCACCCUGCUCUCCUCCCCCCCACUUCCCUCAUCUCUCCCACUUACCUCUCCUCUCCCACCACCUCACCCCUCCCUACCUCCUGCCCAUCCUCUACUCCUCCUCCCCCACCCCUCUUGCUUCCUCCCUUUUGGCCUCACAUCAACCCAUCCCACCCCUGGUCUCCCCUGCUCCCCCAUCCCUCUCCUCCGACCUCCCCCAUCCCUGAUGCACAACAGGCGCUCCCUUCCUCCUCUUCUCCUCCUCCUCUCUCUUCCUCUCCUUCUCCCUCCCCUCCACUCGUACCCUUUCCAGAGCCCAGGUCCCCUAAGAUCAAGAGGUUUGUGCAGGAUUCGCUCCAUGGUGGAGGAGACCUGUUCCAGGCCCUGUACAACUAUCUGCCCCGUAACGAGGACGAGCUGGAGCUGAAGGAGGGGGACAUUGUGGAUGUCAUGGAGAAGUGCGACGACGGCUGGUUUGUCGGGACUUCCCGACAGAGCAAGCAGUUUGGAACCUUUCCAGGAAACUACGUCAAGAAACUGUAAUGAUGAAUCCGGUCCACCCCCGCAACCUCCUUACUUGGACCCUUCCAUCUCUAGCACAACCCAUAUUGGACACAACCAACCCGGAGUAAAGUUGCCCCCAGACACUGAUUUGGGUCAGUUUUGCACUUUCCCCACCAAUGGUUAAUUAAGGUUAAGAUUGGGGGAGGUGGAGCUGACCCUAGGAUGACCCCACUACGUCAGGUCAUCCAAGAAGCCUUGCUCAAGCAUGUGUGACAAUGUCACAAAAAAAUAUUUUGUUUUAGCUCUAACUAGCCAACUCUAAAGGAGACUAUUCCACUAAUGAAACGAUUAUUUUCUAAAUGAUCGAGAAGCAGAAGAAGAUCCAUACUUUUGAAUUCCUUUCACCUCAGAUACUGAAGGAAGGGUAGCCAAACAAGAUGGCCACCUUUAAAUGUUGACAUCUGCUUUUAUUUGAUUUAUUAGAUAUAUUUUAACCCAGUAAUGUAAUAACUUGCAUUGAUAAGUUGAUUGUGUAACAUUCAGAAAGGUCAAAUAUGGUAAAGAUAGAGUUAGAGAUGCCAAGUAAACUGCCACUCGGGAUUGCCUUGACGUCAUCAUGUCAGCCAUCUUGGUUUUGGACAUGUUUUUUCCCCCUUUUUCCUCAGUGUUAAAUCAAUAGAGAACUCUCCCCCCCAAGUGUAUUAUCUGUAAUAGGGGGGCAGGUUGGUAUUUUCAGAGCAGUAUAGGACAUUGCAACACAUUUCAAUGUUUAAUCUUUUAGCAAAUGCUCUUAUCCACAGCAGCGUUCAAUAAGCAACAUGAAACAACCACAGCAUUAUUAGUUAAAAAUCUUCUUCAUAAAUGUUAUACACCAACACAGGAACUCACCUAUUUCCCUAGUGAAAAUGAUGACGCAUGAUACCCAAAAGUGUUGCUGGAUACCACGGGAUAGGGUAAGAUAUGUUUGGAGGCAAAUGCAUUGAUAUUGAAAGCGUAUAAAUACAUUUGCAGAACCUUCUAUUUGCACCGGAAGGCUCUGGAUAUCUGCCCUCUAUGGGCCUACAGUCAAUUCCAGUUUCUCAUUUUAUAGUGUUUGCAAACUCCUAUAUGGGCGAGUUAUUUCAAAUGUGGAAGUGGCAAUCGUCGAUAUUUUAUUUUUUAGCCAUUCUUGUUUGAACAAUUACAGUACAUUUUGUACUUUAGAUGGGAAAUAAUAUUUAUAGAUUUGGGAUUUUAUUGAUCGAUGGACUUGGCGGUUUAUCCUUAUUCUCACUUGAAAUGUAUGAGUACACUACGGAUUUUACAAGUGAGAGCUAGAUUGGAUUGUCGAUAGGGCUUUAGGAGUUUGAUACCGUUGGAAAAACAUAUGCAAAAGCAACCCGUUUUACCACUUUUCUUGUAUGUGAAGGUAUUUAUAGUGGGAAAAGUAUUGAAUAUUGAUAGGACGUCAUUUAGAUGUCUCCGUCCAUAAAUACAACUUUGGAUAGAGCAACAUAAGUUUCUCAGCUUACUUUGUGUACUUUCUUCUAGUUGAAGUGGCCUAAGGUAAAGUGUGCUUUUGGCUCAUUUCAACCACAGCAAAAUCCCCUUGCCAUGUUUAAGAUAACGAGACAAUAGCCUACAUUUGUUCCCAGUCAAGUCUGACAUUUACUUUUGUCAAUAUACAACAAACCUUCAGGUGUCAAUAACACAAGCCUCCUUUUUGAAAUGGUGUUAUUUUAUUCUAUGACGAGGUUUUCUUUAAGAUCGCUGUUGAAUACUGUAUUAGGAAUGACUUAGCUAAUGUUGUCGCCACAUUCAUUGCCUUUGUCCAAAUGGGAUGUUUUACUUCUCACUCUAAAUGAAUAUAAUCAGAUAAGCGGCGUAAUUUGAAUUAUACAGUUAUCUUCCUGGCGUUGUUUUUUUUUUCUCUAGAUCAUUCUGACGGCGACCUUUUUACUGUCCGGAAUGACUGAAACGAUUAGUGUCAAUGCAAUAGCUUGUUACAAUGUAUUUGAAUAACAUUUGUUAGGCAUACUUUUUGUGUUCAAUGAAUGUGAUUUUAAGAAUUUAUUUUGCCUUUUUUUUUCGUGUGUAAAUGAGUAUGUAUUCACAUAGGAAGGACACUGGGGUCAGAACAAUUGUUUAAGCACCUUAAUAUGUAAUUACUUUAUUUUUGGUUUCUGUCUUUGGUUGCUUUUGUUCUCGUUUAUUUUUCUCACCAUCCCCUUUUCAUUCACCCUUCCCUGGGUCGUGUUCAUUAGGGACCAAACAUAGGAAAGCUGACUCCCUGGACAUGUCAAAUAAGAAAUGCAAAUGUUCGUGUUCUGUUGCAAACGUUUCCCGUUGCUAUCCCUAAUGAACACUACCCUGGCAUGUGAGAGCACUGCGUGUCUGUUGGUGCUGGUUUUUUUUUUGUACGUCUUUUGUAUGGAGCUGUAAAUCGAUGACAUGAUCCACUGCUUUAUAAACUCUUAUUUUCUCACCCACCAUCCGUUUGGGUUGCCUUUUCUCUUUUCUCUCACUUUUUCACACCACCUUUUCCUACAUCCACCUCAAUCGCCCCAAACAGCCAUACAGUAUGCAAAAAAAUAAUAUAUAUAUAUAUUUGUAGUGGGUUACACUACUUUAAGGUGCUCUUUAUGAAAGGUACCUUAGUGUAAAGUGGUACCUUGUAGUGUUAUAAGGGAUACCCGCUCUGGAGAGCAAAAUGGAGUUUAAGGGAAUAUACGUUACCCGUAAUUGAAUGAGGAUAGAAUGUAAUGUUUUAAAUAUUUCUAGUCUGCCUUUGCUACCACUUUCGGGGACUUUAAAGGUUUUGGACUGAAGACGUGGGCUUUUGGGGGAUCCCGGCUCACAUUGGAGUUGUAUAUAUUGAAUCAGAAAGGGGUGCUACAAGUGCAGAUUUUUAGGUUUGUCCGAAUGUGAACUCAAGUGGAUGCAUUGCAAUGACAUUCUUAUUACAAGUCUUUCUACCAGUCUUUCUGCUUUUAUUUUACGAUUUCUGGGUACUAUAUUCCUAAUAAAUUCUGCCUGAUAA